AGCUGAGAGAGAACAGAGUUCAAAUUCCUACUAAGCCGUGAAACCCGGCGGUUGACCUUGGGUCGGCCACUGCCCCCUCAUUUCUAACCCACCUCACAGGGGUGUUGUGAGGAUGAAAAGAGGAGUGGGGAUAAUACUGGGCACCACCUUGAGUUCCUUGGGGAAACGGUGGGAUAGAAAUGUAAUCAUACAAUACAGCCUUAAUCUACAACAGAUUAUUGGCCUAAUCUGAGCCUGGUUACAAUGGACGCAAGUGGCUUGUGCAUCUGACCAAAGGCCCCAGUUUAAUUGCACAUUCUCUUUCCAAUAGUUGCCAGCCAUAUGCUUCUAGGAAACAUGCAAGCCUGAGGUGAACAGCCUUCCUCUUUCAUCUGCCCCCAUUGUUUGGUAGCUGGAUAAAAAAUACAGGGAUACGCUGUCCUUGUGUGCCUGGUGUGGGAACCUGUGGCCCUCCAGAUGUUCCUAGACUACAGUUCCCUGACCAUUGGGCAUGCCAAGAGAGAUGUGGAGGCCAAAAUAUCUGGAAGUCCACAGAUCCCCACACUCCCAGGCCUGUGCUCUACUUAGAAGCUCUUAAGCACCUUCCACCAUAAGGUUGCAAAUGCAGCAAUCAAACUAGGAUCUGAAACCAUGGUUUGAAACUGUUUUGUACUCCACCCUUUGGGAAUACUAUGGUUUGAUGUGAAAUCCAAACCAACAAACCAUGGCUUGGGGUGUUGCCUUGCCACCCUCAGAGGGGAAGGACUGUAGCUCAGUGGUCCAACAUCUGUCUAGCAUACAGAAGGUCUCAGAUUCAGUCCUUGGUGUCUUCAGGUAGGACUCUGAAAAGCUUGUACCUGAAACCUUGGAGAGCUGCUGCCAAUCAAAGUAGUUCGUACUGAACCAGAUUCACCAAUAGUCUGACAGCAUAUAAAUAAUUGUUAAUGUGAUAGUAUAUGGGAGUUCUCAGGGAAGGCAGAAGAAAGGGGAAAUGAUAGGAACCAUAGUUUAUCUGGAACACAAAUUGUUGUUUGUAGUCUAAGGCUAGAAUCCUAUAUCCACUUACUUGGGAGUAAGGUCCAUUGAAUUCCUUGGGACUUACUUCUGAGUAGACUUGUAUAGGAUUGUGCUGUAAACUACAUUGGUUAGUGUUAACUUCUAAAAAGCCUGUUACAUUUUCUGAUAACAGUGUUCUUCAUACCAGUUGGAGGUAGCUUAACAGCCAGCCUAAGAUCCAUAUUAUGUGUUCCCUUGCAUUCUCAUUUUAUGAGGGCCAUUUGAAUUAAAAUGGAAUUUGUGUGCCUAUCCCACACUUUAAUACUUUGGUGUGUGAGAGAAAAGCAAUAUUGACCAACGUUGAUGAAGUUGUAACCGUCAUUCCGUAAUAACUCAAAAACUCCACUGACAUUGGGAAUGAUGCCAAGAAUACAUUGGUCAUGCUGGAUUGUGUGUGUAACCACUCAAGGGCUUGCUUAUAUAAUAUGGUUGAAAUCAAAUGUGUCACAGACGUUUGCAGUAGAGAAUCCCAUGGGGCACCUAAGUCCAGUGUUACUCUUGUGCAGCGGUUAGUGUGGUGGACAUGGACCAGGAAGACACGGGAUCAACUCCCUAUUCAGCCAUGAAGCUUACUGGCCAGCCUUGGGCCAGCCACUCCAUAUUGCUCAGCCUAAUCUACCUCAUAGGGUGGUUAUGAGGACUGAGCAUGAGGGAAAAUACUCCCUAAAAUCCUUGGAAUAAAGAUAGGAUAUAACCAUAAUAAAUAAGCAUGCCAUGGCUUUGCUGCAUAUGAGUAGAAAACCCAAAGGCCUCUUGACUAGCCCAAACUGAUGCUUUUCUGUUUAUAUGCUGCUGUUAAAAAACUUUGUUUCACACAGCAUAUAGUUAAUUAACUGACCUUCCAGAUGCUUUUGAGCUAGAGCUCCCAUAAUCCCUGACCAUUGGUCAUGCUGGCUGGGGAUGAUGGGAAUUGGAAUGUGACAUCUCAAGAGCCACAGGUUUCCCAUCCCUGUUUUAUGGGAUUGGCUGCCACAUUAAGAAUAAGAAUAAUAAGUCACUGUUUUGCCAUGGCAACUCCAAGUGACUUACAAUAUUUUAAGCAAAAAAACAAACACAUUAAUUAAAACCAGGCACACACAUACACACAAAAUAGGUUGAAACAUCCCACUGGGGCAAAAAUGUCAUAGGUAGUUAAAAGCCAAAGGCCUGAUUAACAGAAUGCUUUUGCCUGCUGCCUGAAGGUGUGCAAUGACCGUUCCACUGCCAGGUGAGCCUCCCCUCUUGUACUGGUCAUAAGCUUAGAGGACUUUUCAAACUGGCUAGACAAAUUCAGGGACAAUUCUAGUUGUGAUGACUCUGUGCAACAUGUUCAGACGACAGGUCACUGAAUACCAGGUGCUGAUGAGCAACAGAAGAAGAAGACGCCACAACAACCACAUGUAAUAUUGGCAUUCCCGAUUCUGGAAACUUAAGUGUUAAAAAUACAAUCAGAAUUGUUUGUAUUGCAUCCAUCUGUCAGGGAUGCUUUAGCUGAGAUUGCUGCAUUGCAGGGGGGUUGGACUAGAUGACCCCUUCCAACUCUACGAUUCCAUGAUUCUAUGAUUUAUUACUGUUUAUAUCCCAUUCUUCCUUCAGGGAGGUCAGAGAGGCAUAUAUGGUUCUUCCCACCCACCCUUCCAUCAUCACAACAACCCUGAGAGGUAGGUUAGGCAGAGUAAGUUGGCUUGUCCAAAAUCACAUAGAGAACCUCAUGAUUGUGGGGCUUUGAACUCAUGUCUUCCUGUUCCUAAGGAUUCAACAUUCUAACCACUGCACCACACUGCCUCUUUCAUAACUCACUUAUUUAAGAAUAACUUCCUUAUCACUAGUUUUGUAAUUGAACAUGACUUUUUCUUUUUUAAACAUUGUGAUUCCCCCUCCCCCCGUUGUUUUUUUUUUAAAUGCUGUUUUUGACAUGUCUUUUAUUGUAAAGGAAGAGCCGCUGGCUGUAAAUUUCCACACACUAAAAAGCAGAAAAUGAUUUAAGUAGUUAGAGGAGCAAAGGAUCACACAAAAAUAUUUAGAACUCAUGUCAGUCUCACCGGUUUCGAACGACAGAUGCUGUCCCUAGUAGGUUAUCUUUUGAGCAAAGGGCAUCGCUGUGAAAUACAGCCCCUCACGCACUCGUAAGGUCGAGAUGAUGCGGUUGCUUCAUAUUUAGAUCAUGGGUAGUGGAGAAUUAUAGGGCGCAUAUUAGUCACCUAUGCUAUGAUUUCAUAUUCCCACCUAAUUUAGUAACAACAGUUGGUUACUUGGGGGGUGCCUGGGGGGCAAAGGAGAUUUAGGUCAUUAACUGAGGUUCUGGCUAAGGGAGCAGAUGGAGAGGUUUGAAAGAGAGAUGAGGAUUCAGGCUAAAAGAGAGAAGCUCAGCUUUCCCAGAGACCCAGGGCUGCUUCAGGUCUGGAACUGGCUCAUCUCUCAACUUUCCCAGCAAAAUGAUGCUCCAACACCCUGGCCAGGUGUCUGCUUCGGAAGUCAGCGCCACUGCCAUUGUCCCGUGCCUGUCUCCUUCGGUGUCCCUGGGUUUUGAAGACUUCACAAAUCUAACUCCGCUGGUGAAAGAAGAACUGAGAUUUGCCAUCCAGAACAAGUGCCUGUCGCACAGGAUGUCCUCCACGCUGGACACAGUCAUGGUUUCGGACAGACCUGGGGAAAUGUCUGUUUUGAAAGCAGAGUGUGCGCCUGAAGAUGAAAGGAAAAGGCGACGGAGGGAAAGGAACAAGAUUGCAGCAGCCAAGUGUCGAAACAAAAAGAAGGAGAAGACAGAAUGUCUGCAGAAGGAAUCGGAGAAGCUGGAAACCAUCAAUGCUGAACUGAAGGCUCAGAUUGAGGAGCUGAAGAACGAGAAGCAGCAUUUGAUCUACAUGCUUAAUCUGCACAGGCCCACCUGCAUCGUCCGGGCCCAGAACGGGAGGACGCCGGAGGACGAAAGGAUCCUCUUCAUUCAGCAGAUAAAAGAAGGAACCUUGCAAGGCUAAGUGACAAUGCCAGGUGCCCUUAGGGCAUGCCUCUGACACCAAAAAAUUAAACCCCAGCACAUCACCCCAAGCCAGAAGCCAUAAGAGAAGGUAUCUUGGUAUUUGUGGUCUCCCAUUAGUUGAGAGAAGGCAGAGGAGAUGACAUUGCUAAGAAGAAAAGACUUGCGCUAGCUUAGCUGUGAUUCAGGUUUUAGUAUCUGCCAUACUUGCUGUUCCUAGAAGCCGUACAGCUACAGACUUGCUAAACCCCUGAUGGCAUGUGCUACUUGCACUUGAGCAGAACACUAGGACUCGCCGUAAUGCACAUCUGAUGGACAGCCAAGCUGAAUGGACCCUCCCCAUUUGUCCUCGAUUGGGGUAGGAAAUGUUAGAUAGCGUGGGCUGUUCGUUUUGUUUGUUUCUUUUGCUUUGUACUUUCAAAAGAAAGAGGUUGGCAACUUCCAGAAUGCUGCUUUCAAUUCCGAAAGGCAUUGCGAUAUAACGGGAAUUACUGUGUUUCUAUAUCCUAGUGCAAUGUUUUUUAAACCGAGCUUUACGCUCUCUUUGUAUUGUUGUUUUCACGGAAGCCUUUCUGUGGGUUUUUUGAUGACUCACAUUGGGGGUGAUUUGUGGGUGAUAUGACAGGCAUCAGCUUCUGUAAAAAAGAAAGAAAAAAGUCUGAAUGUAUCAAGCUGGAACAUUACCCCUUCCCUUGGCUUGUUUGAAGACAGGGGAAUUCCCCUUUGAGAAUCCACUUUAUGAGUCACAUCAUGUACAGUAUUCGGAAGGACUUCAUAACAUACAAAACAGUGACACGAUCGGCAUAGAUGUUAAAUUAAUCCUCCUCUCUUGAUUUGUGGGCCUCAUGAAUCCAGAACUUGCAAAUCUUUCCUGGGCACCACCUUUUUUUUUUCAGAGCAAGAAAUUCUGGUGGUUCUCAGGUUGCACAAAGGAAUGAUUGUGGGUGCAUUAACUGCAUGUAUUUGCAAAACUGCCCCAUGACAAUUACAGCUGUGCUAGGAAAAGAGACUUAAAAGUAGCCAGGUAGGUCUGUCAACAGCUGAAUAGCAGACGGCUUGUGGUUAGAGUGUUGGUCCACAUUGAUACCUGAAGCUUACUGGGUGACCUUGAACCUGUUGCUGUCUCUCAACCCACAGCACCUUGCAUGGAUAAUAGAACUUGCACCUAUAUAAGUAUGAUCAUUAAAGUUCUCAAGCAGAGCAAUCCAGUGUUGGAACAGACAAAGCUGCUCUACAGAGUUUCAUAGCUUUGCUUCAUCUUGUCUGAUGAACUGGUAGAGCCUCUUCAAAGACCCCAGACUCUGCUACUUGUCAUCCUUGUUUAAGGAUGAGUCGGGUGUGGGACUUGCAUACAUUCAAAGCAUGUGCUCUGCAACUUGAGUUGUGGUCCAUCCUUUGUUCCCUGUAAGGCUUUUUGCAUAGAUUACUCAUCUGGUUGUCAUACCAUUUACACAGAAUGGUACUCUGGGUAUCUGGGGUAGAAACCCCAAGUCUAGUGUGAGCAAUGCUCAGGCACCCUGUACUCAUGCUAUUAACUCCAACAGUGCAGAUUGUUUUGGUAGCUGGGGGAGUUAAUUUCAGGUGCCCCUUCCUAUUCAAUAAGCCAUUUGUCACCUGCUGGCAUUUCUCACCCCUCCUUCUGUGAGGAUCUCUGGACUCCUUAGUCACCUUUUAUUUAUCACUGAUAUGCCUAAGUAGUGCACAGAUUGUGAGGUAGAGCAAAUAACAUAAGCUGAAAAAAUGGAGGCGAUUUGCUGCGCUUUUAUUUCUAAAUCCCUUCCCCCUUGUGUUUAAUAUCAUAAUCAUGAAUUUUUGUGCUUCAGUACUGCUGAAUUUUCAAAUGCCGAAAUUUUUUGAUUUCCAAUUUUGGGAGCUGGGGCAGGGGGAAACUGAGUUUAUUUUCAAAACUCCAUUUGUUUUAGUUAAACUCUAACUUUUUACUAUAAUAACAAACACCUUACCAAAGCAAAACAAAAACAAAAAGAGCUCACUUCACCCUCUGAGACAAACCCCACUCAGUAUUCAAACCCCGAAUUUAGGAACCUGAGUCACAAGAAUAGGAAUUUUAAUUUUGCAAAUCAGAUUUCUGUAUGCAGAUUUGGGUGAAAAAUCCUUAUUUUUGCCCAAACACUUUGCAGUUCUGUUAUGAAGUAUUAUUUCUAUUUUUAGUCUGCUGGGAUCUAAAUUUAAUUAUGUAAUCAAUGCAGUAGACAAAGGCGUUUGCAGGAUAAAAUCCUUCAUCUACCAUUGUCCAGUGUUAAAACACACCCACAUACACAUCGUACCUCAGAACAAUAGUUUUCAAAGGCUAUAAUCCUAUAUAGUACACACUUAGCUGGGAGGAAGGCUCAUUGAAUGCAAUGGGACUUCCGAGUAGAGACAUGCAUAGGUUUUUACUGUCAAUCUGUGGCUGGUAUACUUGAGCCUGCUGCCUGUUUUAUCUCUCUGUUUUUUACAUUCUGCAACAGAAGUACUUAAUACACUUUCAGCAAUUUGGAUAUAUUAUAAUGUCCAAUGCUGUGUUUCAAAUGUAUAUUUUAUGUAACAAAAAAUGGAAGGAAGCGGGCCAAAUUCUGUCUCAUCAGAGUGUGAUUUUUCUUCCUGCAGAGUAAAUUCACUUUGCUGUUUGUGAGCUUUUCCUCAAGUCAUGUUGGACAGCAGGAACACAAGACCUCUGCGUUGACCGUGCAAUGUACUGGGUUGGGGAGGGGUAUGUGGGAAGAGGGAGGGAGGGGGGGAAGAGAGUUUAUUUACUAUGUUAACUAUGUGCAAUUCUGCUAUCAAGAACCUUAUUGGGGGGGGGGAAUUGAUUGGGUUCCUGUAAUUAUGAAUAUAUGUUCUAGACAGUACUCGGCCAUCUUCAAUAUCUAAUGUUGUUGCUCCCUAAAAGUGAUACGGUGCUGUUGAUUGUGAGAUAUUGCAGGCCAGAUCCAAAGAACGAAGAAAACUAUGGCUGUGUUCACACUCCCAUUUCCUGUGUGUGUUUAGUGCUGGGUUUUUAAUCCAUGUUCACACAGCAUUAUCCCAAAUGCACAUGUUCCCUGCACUUUUUUGUGAAAUGCUUCCCUCUGAUGCAUUGUUGCUCAAACCAGCUUCACACCAAGUGGAGUCCUUAAGGCUUUCCGAAUUUGUCUCUGGCCAAGGGGUGAACACCUUUGCAUGGGGUAAAGGCACCCCCACCAUAACCAACCCCUGGCAUGUACACAAACAGAAACAAUGAAGCCGUGCUGAUGUGAACAGCUGGGGGUAGGGUGGUCGUGGGGAGAGUGCUGGAAAGACAUCACUGCAGUCUUAGGUAGCAAUGUGAAUGCACCCUCUAACAGUCAGGCUGUCGCACUGUUUUCCUGCUCUGCAAGCAAAAGAGCAUAUUUGGAUCUGGUUUUGCUUUGCUCAUGGUAUGCUCUAGUGAUGGGAUGGGGAUCUUGUGGCCCUCCAGAUGUUGUCACAAUUCCUACCAGCUCCCUGGCCAGUUCAGCCCAAUGGUCAGGGAUGCUGUGAGUUAAUCCCUAGGGAGACACAGGUUCCCUAUCCCUUCUGUAGCAACUAGACCUUCCAUGUACAAAUGCACUUUUCAUACAUGGAAGGGCUUCUUGGGAUCUACACCCUAGGCUAGUAUGAGGAGCUGCCAACAUUAGCCAGAGACGGUCCCUGCCCAUCACCUGUGCUGUAUCAAAGGACCCCUGCUUUGUCUAUGUAUUUAACGUGUUUCCAAAAGCAAUUCAGAAAAUGAUAAUAAAAGAAUGGACUCUGUUGCAUGUAUGAUGUUCUCAUACAUAGAGUCUUUGUUAACUCUCAACGCAGAAUUAAUGUUUUCCCUUUUGAGAGGUGUUUUAAUAUUGCGGUUCUACAGCCUAUUUAAAAUGACGCAGGCGUCUUGCUGCUGCUGCUGCUGCUGCUGCUGCUGCUGCUGCUGCUUCGGUUGAAACACAAAUGACUUUAGCGAGCAUGCCAAAUGUUUACAACGGCACUGCUACUUUUUCAAAGAUAAUCUUGGUUCAGCUGUGGCUGCUUCCUCGUGUGUGGUUGUGUGUGUGUGGUUGCGUAUGUGGGUAAGUGUGCAGUGCACAUACCUCAAGAUUAUACCAAUAGUAUACAUCCUAUAUAUCUGUUUGCAUUGCUUGAGAGUUGCAUUGCUGGACUUCUGGGGGACUCUGGCACUCUGACAGCACUGUGGCAGGAAGGAGUUCAGCUGCCUAAACGUCGCCUGUCUGCAGUGGCAGCCAGCAGCAGUAGCUGAGCUCCUUCCUGUUCUUCAGGGCACAGGCAAACUCCUUCCAGGCCAGGUUGGAUGCUGGCUUCCAAGCCAAGUGGGAGAAUUGUUGAAUGAAAGAACUGCAUGGAUUUAUGUAUCUGUUUUAUUCUGAACAUUUAAUAAUGCAGUAGAAGCAAUUUGUUUUCUAUUAAGUUUUAUGUUUUGAUACUUUAAUAAAAAAAGACUAAUA